AUGUUCGAAAGACGCGUCACUCGGCAAAUCCACACGGUUCUGCGGCGCUUGGAGCGCUAUCGAUUUUCCGCAGUCGAAGGGGCGGUGGGCGCGGGGGGAGGAGUGUUCUCAGCUGGUCGACCCUCCUACCCCUCGCCCCCUGUAAACAUAAACACGGGCACACGAUGCCCGCGCUCUCCUCGCAAGAUCGACAUCGGCCGAGGUGAAAUAACGACACUGAAUAUUUAUGAAACCCUCCUAUCGGGGGCU